UGUUAGCUUUACUCUCAGUUAUUAAAAGUACAAAUCUAAUCAUGUAUUGUAAAGUUAUGAUAAUACAUUUUUAAGAAGACAUAGUUUCUGCAGAGCGGCAGUAGUUUAUCAAACAUUCGCUCGUAAGUUGAGUUGGAGUAAGCCUGCCCCUACUUCCCAUCAUCCCUAUGCGUUUACACGCUCUCCCACAAGCUUACAGCUCCUCACACCAACAUAACAAAACCGGUGUGAUAAAAAUGGUGAUUAAUAUUGGAGCCACCCGUACAGUUUUAAUCUAUAUGCAAGCUCAGAUGAGGAAACCGUUGAUCUAUUAGUCUGCAAGUGGAUGAAUCAGAAUAGAGAGGAGCAACUAUGUCGCUUUUACAGGCAAUUAUUUGAACAAAGAAAUACUCAGAGACACUAUUUUAAGCUUAAUUUUCUUCAUAUUUGUCCUCAAUAAUGAGAAAAAUGCUACAAUAACAUACUAAAAACACGAUUUUCAACUGUAUGGGUCUUUAAAAACUUUCUGGUAAAGACUUUUAACGAAAGUGACGCGUCUUUCAGCUUAAAAGUCACAAACCGAAGUACACAAAAAUGUUUUUAAACUUUUCUCUUUUUGUCCUUUGCUGUUUUCUUUUUUUUGUUUGUUGCUCUCCUCCUAUAGAGUUUUUUGCCCCGGUCCCUUUACACCAAAAUCCACUCUAACACAACUAAAAAUUCAUUUUGUCUGACCUAAAUCAGAGGGUGUCUGCACCAUGGGCUUAUUACACACUGCACUUAAACUUGUGUUGUGGAGGAGGAUGGGGUAUUAUUAUCUUCCAGCUACCCACCCUGCUAUAAAAACUAGUGGUGCGACAUCUCCACAGCGCAGUGCUGCUGCCCUCCCUUCCUCUCACUCCCUCGCGCUCGUCCUACACGAGCCGCACACAACAGAGCGCUUGGCUCUGAACUCCACUUCAGCCACUCUGCUACAAAGACAGACCCAAGACUCACACUCCACUCUCCUCUGCUUUACUUCUCGCUUGUGGAUAUUCCUCCCUGGGUGUUUUUUUUUCUUUUUUAGAUUUUUUUUCUUCUUUUUCUGAAUGGGCUUUUGAGCCCGGUGUGUGGAGCGUGUGAAUGGACUGGCGCGCAAAGAGAGCAGCAGCUUUUUGUCAAUUAGGCAGAGCGAUGCUGGGAGGUCAAGUGAGGAGCAGCAGGGCGUCUUGGUGAUCUGGAAAUACGGAGACGCGUGAGGCGCAUCGAGCAGCUGAAGGAAAGCAGGCACAGGGAGGAGAAUGGUUCAUCACAGGGAGGAAGACUUGAUCGGGAUCCCGUUCCCGAAUCACAGCAGUGACGUCCUCUGCAGCCUCAACGAGCAGCGGCGUGACGGGCUCCUCUGUGAUGUCAUCCUCAUCGUGCGUGACCAGGAGUACCGCACACACCGCUCUGUUCUCGCCGCCUGCAGCCAGUACUUCAAGAAGCUCUUCACGGUGGCCACCGCCGACGGUGGGGACGCUCACCACGCCGCCGCCGUGUACGAGAUAGACUUUGUGGCUCCGGAGUCCCUCACCGCCAUCCUGGAGUUUGCAUACACGUCCACCCUGACGGUGACGGCGUCCAACGUCAAGGAGAUCCUGAACGCAGCUCAGAUGCUGGAGAUCCCCUGCAUCAUCAACGUUUGCCUGGAGAUCAUGGACACCGGGGAUGGAGGCGGCGGUGGGGGGGGUAGAGAGGAGGAAGAGGAGGAGGAGGAGGAGGAAGAGGAGGAGGAAGAAGAGGAGGAGGAGGAUGAGGAGGAGGACGUCGGGUCAAGGAAGGAUGAGCAGGAGGAGGAGGAAGAUAACGUCAGCGAGAGGUCGCUGCAGUCGCUGGAGAGCAAAGGUGAGCAGAUGCAUCUGGGGGGAGAAGAUUCGCCGCCCCCCAGCACCUCCACGCUCCACCAGCACCGAGAGCCGAGCCAGGUCCGAUCUCCAGAGGGAAUGAGAGGCAAACAGGAAAGUAUGGAGAGUCGAGCUCUGAAGGACUUCUCCAUCGACUCGCUUCUCCAAGAAGGGCUGUAUCCCCGAAUGUCCACGGUGGACAGGAAGCCCACCUUCUCUCCCCUCAUCCCAGGCUUCUAUCCCUCUCUGUGGGCGGAGUUUCCAGCUUUCCCCCAGCAGCUCCUCAACCCCACGCAUCCCCACGCCGGAGUUUCCCCACAAGCCAGGCUGCCUCCGCCCUUUCCCCCCUCAGCACCACUCGAGCCUUCGAGGCCGCUCGAUCUGGCAGUCAAGAGAGAAAUCAUCAAGGAGGAGAUGAAGGAGGAAGUCCCGCCCGCUCUGCUGCACAGCGACUUCCUGAAAGAGUUCGUCAGCUCAGGCUUGGGGAGCACCAUGAGUCCUGGGGCGGCGCCGUCAGAGGGUCACCCGCUGGGUCCGAUUAAGAGUGAGGCGGACUUCCGGUCCUACUUGAGCCUCCUGAACUCUGCGUCGCACCUGGGGGCUCUGUUCCCUCCUUGGCAGCUGGAGGAGGAGAGGAAGAUGAAGCCCAAAGCGUCGCAACAGUGUCCCAUCUGCAACAAAGUCAUCCAAGGAGCCGGGAAGCUGCCGCGGCACAUGAGAACCCACACGGGAGAGAAACCUUACAUGUGCACCAUCUGUGAAGUGCGAUUUACCAGACAAGACAAACUCAAGAUCCACAUGCGGAAGCACACGGGCGAGCGCCCGUACAUCUGCCUCCACUGCAACUCAAAGUUCGUCCACAACUACGACCUGAAGAACCACCUGCGCAUCCACACGGGCGUCCGGCCUUACCAGUGCGAGCACUGCUACAAAAGCUUCACGCGCUCCGACCACCUACACCGACACAUCAAGAGGCAGAGCUGCCGCAUCUCCCGCCCCCGGCGAGGACGCAAGCCGGCGGCGUGGAGGUCGGCGCCCGCCGGAAACUUCCUCUGCCCUCCCGCCGUCGCCACCAACCCACUGGGGGAGAACGGCUUUGGAUCCCCCUAUCAGGGGGUCAAGGGUCAUGGACUUGAGGAGUUGCUGGGUUUGGGGUUCAAAACUGUGGACGCUUCAGGCAGGGAGGAGCGGCAGAAGGAGAGGAAAGACAUCCGGGAGGAGGAGAGGGCUGGAGCGCGGCGGCAGAGGGGGGUGUUUGCGUUCACGCUGGCCGGAGAAGACAUGCUCACCCACUCCCCGUUUUAUGCUGCACCCUCUGACCCUUGGACCAUGAGACUGGAGCGCGCUCCUCCCAUCCCAGAGCCAGCCAAAUGAGCUCCACCCUGGAGAAGGCGAAAGAAAAGUGAGGACCGGAAAAUCCCCCGAGCGAGCGCCGGUGUCUGCUCCGCCCCAGAAGCUAAAGCACCUUUUAGAAGAUGAACUUUGUGAAGCCUGCUGAGGAUGCAGAGGUUAAGCAGUCCAAGUCAGCACAGAAACGUCAAAUCAUCCGACUAAACGAGGACAGCUUGCUGCAAAACAGUCUUAAAUCAUUUGCAUUAUUUUCAAUCUACAGUCAAAAACCCCCAUAACUUCAGUGCAACCCUUCUAAAGUCUCAAGCUUGUUAUGCAAGAAAAAGCACAUCUAUGCUGAACAGGAAGUGUUUUUCUUUUACAAAAGACUUGCACACAUCAACAGAAACUUUAGAAAAAUAAAAGUUUCCUUUUUUAUCGGCUGUUUAAAGCUGAAAAACUACAACUUGUAGAUUGUUUUGAAAUCUUUUUAGAACAAAGCACUUGAAGUUAAACCAACAUGAUUCCUCUGCAUUUAAGCUCCUUGUCUGCACUAUUGUACAUAGCUAACGUUAAUUACAGUUGAUGUAAAAUUGAAAGAAAAAAAAAGGAUUCACUCGAUUAUAUAUAUUGUUCUCUCAGAAAUCCACCCAAAGAGGAGUACUUUGACAUUUUAAGACUUGAAUGCGAUUUUGUUUUAUUGAUUAUGUGUCUUUAGAGGAUGUACAAGUUUGACUAAUCAGCUGCCGCUUCAGUUAAACAUGUAUGCUUGUGUCUUUUUUUCCCCCGAUGUGACAAAUUAAAAAGGGUUUGAACUCCAUUUCUCCCACACAAUAUUCAUCUGUGUAGAAAAAGCUUACAUUUUGUUUGAAUUGAAACAGCAAAGUAUUUUCUUGCUAUUUAUGCGUAUUUAAGAUGAAUGAGCUCUGGAUAUAUUUUGCAAAUCUGUUUUAUAAAGACACUAAAUGUUGAACUUUUGUUUUUGGGUGUAUGGUUUUUGCAAAAAGUAUGUUCAAAACUCAGCAGUGUCCUUUCUUUAUGAAGUGUGCAUGUUAUUUGGUCCCUUUGUAAACCAGCUUCAUUCAAAAAAGCAUAAAAACGACAGUUUUAUAGCUUCAGAUUUUAAACCUGGCAGUAGUUCUUAUUUUACAUACAUAAAUUAUACAUUUUUUGCCCUAUAGGUACAGUGUUUUGAGUCCCAGCCCGUGUUGCUCUCAUUCACUCCCACAUAAAUAACCAAACUCUCUGAACGAAGGCUCACAGAUAAUACUCUCACUCGUCUUCCAGCUAGUAUACAUAGAUUUUUAAGUGGAAUUAGUUAAAUUCAAAACAAAGACAAAAAUAUGACAUACUACCUUGCUUCUCACGCAUGUACACUAUGAAGCAAGAGGGCAAACCACUGACAUUUAUGGUAAAUAGUUGUUCCAUACCUUCAGUGAAAUGAGUGUCACAAGUGGGCCGAAACCACGAUAAAUUGACUGAAAUAUAAAUACUGAAUCCUUAAAGAUAAGCCAAAAAUGGAUUGUAAAGAUUUACACCUAAAUCUGUCUUAGAAAAGGUCGAAAAGUUUACUCCUUCAGCUUAAUCAUUUUGUGUAUUUUUGAGCUCUCGCCUCCUUCUUUGCACUGCCCUCUAGUGGCAAACUAGCUCCACUGCAUCUCAUUUUUGUUGCAGUUAUUUUUUCGUCCACUAGAGGGCAGUAAAGAUCCGAAUCUGGUUACAGGGCUGUACACAGUAAGGACACAUGAAUACAAUCUUGAUUCUAUUUAUAACAAAAAACACUUUUGUUGUAAGAUUGUCAAAACUAAUAUUAUCAGGAAAUGUAGCUGUUAGUUUCCCCUUUUGGCAAUGAAUAACUAUUACAGGUAAAUAAAAAAUUCUUUAGGAAAGAGUCUGCAUCGACGCCUCCUGAUGGCUAGACCGAUUUAUUUAUUUGGUUUAUUCAUGUAAGAUGGGGUUGUGCAACCUGCAGCUUCAGAGGCACACAUCUUUUACUCCCCUAGUUUGGUUUUUAGCUUCUAAAAGUAAUAAAGUAAAAAAUCAAUUAAAAAAAACGUAUUCAAACUUUAUUUAACCCAUUUACAAACAGUUAAGGGACAGUACAUAUCAUAAGUCAAACUAAAAUAUUUUAACAUAUUUUUGAGGACUAGCAGAAUUAAGGCACCUGGAAUUAUUUGAUUCUCUAUAUCUGAACAAAUUCAAGGAUUUUAAGAGCAGCUCAUGUUUAAAAAAAAACAUGGUAAUGGUCACUUAAUUAGCUCCGAUUUAUUUUUUUAUUUUUUAUUUUUUUAUUUUUGCUUACCAAUGUCUGGUAAACGGCAAUAUACACUUGGCAUUGAGAUGAUCUUGUGACAGAGGGUGUCUUUUAUUUUGAAAGGAAUUCAUACCAACCUCUAUCAAAAGUAAUGAACCAUUUCAUAUUUUAAGAACAAAAGGUUUGUUUUUUAAUGGUAAAAAACAAUAUGUAUAUCUUAAAAGUAACAUUAAGAUAAAUGCAAAGCGUAUUUUUUUUCUUAAAGGGUAAAGUUAGAUUUUGUCGCUCCUAUUGGGUUGUAGUAAGAAAUCAACACGAAUGGCUCUUGAAAGUGUUGAAGGUUGCAGACCCUGAGGUUAUGACUAUAGUCACCAUAGUGACCACACUCUAGCAAAAAA